UCUCGCUUUGCAGUCUUUAAUAAUCAAUACCUCAGAGUGGUAGUCAAAAUGAAUAUUUUUCUGAUUAUCAGUUGUUGUGUAGUAAUUGUUUUGCAGGGUACCAGCGGCCAGCAACUAGCUCCAGCGGAUGUGAUCGAAAGCGUACUGAACACUUUGUCCGGAGCAUUACAAUUGGCGAAAAAUCUCCCGAAAACUAUCAAAUCGUUGCGACAGAACCAACUCUUGAAGGAUACUGAUUUAAUCCGGGAAAUGGCGAGUGUAAUUCUUAGCUCGCUGAAUGUAACGUCAGUCGCGAUCAACAAUCUCGCUGCCAUCGAGGAAAUCAAGCAGGACUCCGGGAAGUCGAAUGCAAUUGCCGACAUCCAAGCGGCAGUUUCCUCAUUGGCCAUUCCGGUGAUUCAGCUACAGAACACUUUGCAGGACAUAGAGGUCAAGGGUAUGCGCUUGGAACUCAACGUGAGACUGGAGCUGUUGGAGAAGACACUGGAGAAUAAUGUGCUUAAAGUUCAGGCAGAAGUGAUGAAAGUCGAUCGAGUAAAAUUUUGAUAAGAAGCUACGCUAGAACAGAUAAAUAAAGCACGAGAAGCUUUCUUUCGAUAGCGAAUUAUUUAUUUUGCGGCAUUUCAUCUUACUUUUGCUCUGCAAAUUUGUUUUUUUCGGAUUUUGCAUAUUUCGUGAAUGUUUAAGGGUGGCGGGGGAAGGUUCUAACGAAUGAAAA